AUGGUGAGAGUGAGCCACGAGUCGUGUGCGCACGUGCAACUCCGCUACUCCGUCCGUCGGUUCAGAGACUUCCUCGUCCAGGACUUGAAGUCCAAGAGGCCGACGAACGGACCGCGCAAGAUCGAUUACAACUGGAAGAUCCCUCGCGAGACGUCCGUGUAUGGAGCCCAUUCACACAGUGUUGACAGGAGGAAAUUCUCCCCGCCAAAUGUUUUCCCAGCGAAGAGUUCCUUCCCUCUUGCAUCUCCGGUUAAGAAUUUUCCAAACGAUUCCCGCCCAAAAGUGUACGACGAACGGAACAGGAUCCUCGUUCCCCCUCUCCGAAUCCCCGUUCCCCCUCUCCGAAUCCCCGUUCCCCCUCUCGGGAGCCCCGUUCCCCCUCACCUUAGAGGCUCCUCCGUGAUCCAGCCCGGGGAAGAGAUAGAAGAGACAGAGAUAAAAGGCGUGACUCGGUCUCGUCCCCGUUUCGCCCUUCGCACCGGGGUGGUCCGACGACGAAAAGGGUCGAUUCGAAAGCCGUGUCGUGUGGCGAUCGUCGACGCGAUUCGAACUCCCUAUUCUCAAGCCGAAAAAGAAAGUCUGGUCUUGCAGAUGAAACUUUCACCUUCUCUGACCCCUUCGAUGCCCCCUCUCCCCCCUCAGGUGAACCCGGGGAGCAAGGCGGCGAAGGGAGGGCUGAAGGAUGGUCACGUGAUCCGGGGGAUCAACGGGACGCCCACGUCGGGGAUGACGAAUCGGGACGCGCAUGCGGCCAUCAAGGACUCGCCGAACACCUUGCUGCUCACCGUCGCCUCCCCAGUGACGGAAUCGUCUCCAGAGACCCCGAGCCCGAACGAGGAUCCCUCGGUCUUCGCCACCAUCAAGCCGAGAUACUAUCAUUCUUCAGUCACCGUCAGCCAUAACCCCAGGCCCUGUGAGUCCCCUCCGUCUCCAUCAGCCGCGAUCCCAGGCCCUGUGAGUCCCCUCCGUCUCCAUCAGCCGCGAUUCCCCAGGUCCUUCGAGUCCCCUCCCUCACCGUCAGCCGCGAUUCCCCAGUUCCCGAAAGCGCAUGGCCCUCUCAUUUUCUCCUCCCUUCGUUUUCUCCUCCAUCGUAAAAACAUGGUGUAA